AUGCAAUUAUUCCCAACUAUUCAUUCGUCUCUUCUUGAUUGUUGUCAUUUAUGGAAACUCAUCUUUCUUGUCCUUCGAACAACACGAUUAAUUCAGUGUCAAAUGCAUGCUAUUCUUAAUACAUCACCAUCGUCAUCAUCAUCUUCUUCGCCAUACUUCGCGGCUAAUAUAUUUCCGUCAUUAGUAUUGCGUUCACAUGAUAAUUUACCCUUAACUGAACAAGCUAUAUAUGAUUUACGAAAUGAUAUGAGAAAAGAAAAUGAAUUCAAUGAAUUCAAUGAUGAAGAUUACAUGGAAGAUGACGAUAUUGACAUGGAAAAUGACAAUCAACAAGACUUACAAUCAUUGUCAUCACUAACAUCCCCUUCUAUUAUACUGAAUGCAAUCAUUUCUACUACAACUGCUACUUCUGUUACUACAACAACAACAACAACAACAACAACUACUACUACUACUACUACUACUACUACUACUACUACUACUAAUGCUAUUUUGACGACAAAAAAAGUACCAAUAAAGAUAACAAAAAUAACAACACGCUCAACAGUCAAUAGUCAACAAACAGAAAUCAUAGAAACUAAAGCAGUCAUUACUCAAUAUACGAUUAUUUCAUCAUCAUCAUCAUCAUCAUCACGUGUUGUACCCAUGUUUGUUUGUUCAUUAUUUUUAUUUGGUUUAUUGUAUAGGAAUAUUCAUAUGAAUAGUUUUUUAUUUUAA